CAUUUGAAUCAAUAAGGAUUGCAGUUGUGGGUGACUAUCUGGGUGGAGCAGACUGGGAGGCUGGUAUUCUGACCUGUGCUGGAGCAGACUGGGAGGCUGGUAUUCUGACAUGGGCUGGAGCACACUGUGCUGGAGCAGACUGAGAGGCUGGUAAGUUGACCUGUGCUGGAGCAGACUGAGAGGCUGGUAAGUUGACCUGUGCUGGAGCAGACUGAGAGGCUGGUAAGUUGACCUGUGCUGGAGCAGACUGAGAGGCUGGUAUUCUGAUCUGGGCUGGAGAAGACUGGGAGGCUGGUAAUCUGACCUGGGCUGGAGCAGACUGGGAGGCUGGUAUUCUGACCUGGGCUGGAGCACACUGUCUUGGAGCAGACUGAGAGGCUGGUUGGCUGACCUGGGCUGGAGCAGACUGAGAGGCUGGUAUUCUGACCUGGGCUGGAGAAGACUGGGAGGCUGGUAUUCUGACCUGGGCUGGAGCAGACUGGGAGGCUGGUAUUCUGACCUGGGCUGGAGCACAUUGUGUUGGAGCAGACUGAGAGGCUGGUUGGCUGACCUGGGCUGGAGCAGACUGAGAGGCUGGUAUUCUGACCUGGGCUGGAGCAGACUGGGAGGCUGGUAUUCUGACCUGGGCUGGAGCACACUGUGUUGGAGCAGACUGAGAGGCUGGUAUUCUGACCUUGGCUGGAGCACACUGUGCUGGAGCAGACUGGGAGGCUGGUAUUCUGACCUGGGCUGGAGCAGACUGGUAGGCUGGUGCAGUGUCAUCAGGCUGUGUGGUGGAGGCCUAGCUAGCUAACUGUUAGCUAACAUCCCCGACCAUGAGUUCACUAAGCUACUCUCCUCCUGCUAAAGAAGAGGAGGUCUACUGGACGGAGAAAGAGGGUCUGUGGCUGAACGUUGUUGUGAAAGAAGAGGAGGAAGAGGAUGUCACAGUAAAACAAAUAGAGGAUGAGGCUGUUGCAGUGAAGGAAGAGAAGGAGGAGGGAGAGGUAACUGUCAUAUUGGAAGAAGAAGAGGAGGAUAUUGGACAUUUGAUUAACCCCAGAGAGAGACGGGACAGUCGUGGAUCCUCUGGGGAGCCUCAACAACCUCAUGAUGCUGACGAGGCAGAGAAGAGUCUCUCCAGAUCAGAACGCCUCAAUAAACACCUGCAGAGAUCCACAGGGAAGAGAACUCACUGCUGCUCUGACUGUGGGAAGAGAUUCACCUCAUCAGGCAUUACAAUUCAUCAGAGAAUCCACACAGGAGAGAAACCUUAUAGCUGUGUUCAAUGUGGGAAGAGUUUUACUACAUCUGGCCCUCUGAGAGUGCACCAGAGAAGACACAAUGGAGAUAAACCUUAUAGCUGUGAUCAAUGUGGGAAGAGUUUUACUACAUCUGGCUCUCUGACUUUACACCAAAGAACACACACAGGAGAGAAACCUUAUAGCUGUGAUCAAUGUGGGAAGAGUUUUACUAGAUCUGGCCAUCUGACAUUACACCAGAGAACACACACAGGAGAGAAACCUUAUGGCUGUGAUCAAUGUGGGAAGAGUUUUACUAGAUCUAGCUAUCUUACUAUACACCAGAGAAUACACACAGGAGAGAAACCUUAUAGUUGUGAUCAAUGUGGGAACAGUUUUACUAGUUCUAGCUAUCUAACUAUACACCAGAGAAUACACACAGGAGAUAAAUCUUAUGGCUGUGAUCAAUGUGGGAAGAGUUUUACUAGAUCUGGCCAUCUGACAUUACACCAGAGAACACACACAGGAGAGAAACCUUAUAGCUGUAAUCAAUGUGGGAAGAGUUUUUGUCAAUCUAGUGAUCUGACAGUGCACCAGAGAACACACACAGGAGAGAAACCUUAUAGCUGUGAUCAAUGUGGGGAAAGUUUUGCUCAAGCUAGCCAUCUGACUCAACACCAGAGAAAACACACAGGAGAAAAACCUUUUAUCUGUGAUAAAUGUGGGAAGAGUUUUACUAUAUCUAGCUAUCUGACAGUACACCAGAGAAAACACACAGGAGAGAAAUCGUAUAGCUGUGAUCAAUGUGGGAAGAGUUUUGUUCAAGCUAGCCAUCUGACUCAACACCAGAGCACACACACAGAAGAGAAAUCUUUUAUCUGUGGUAAAUGUGGGAAAAGUUUUGGUCAAUCUGGCCAGCUGACUCAACACCAGAGAACACACAUAGAAGAGAAAUCUCAUAGCUGUGACCAGAGAUAAUCUGAUAAAAGAUCUCUGGUCAAAUAUUA